AUGUGGGCCUUGGGGUGUCGUUGGUUCUGGUCCCACUGGGGGCUGCUGCUGCUGCUGCUGCUGCCCUUGCUUGGGGUGUCUCCGCGAGGCCUGGCACUGCCGCCCAUCCGCUACUCCCAUGCAGGCAUCUGUCCCAACGACAUGAACCCUAACCUCUGGGUGGAUGCUCAGAGCACCUGCAAGCGAGAGUGUGAGGCAGACCAGGAGUGUGAGACCUAUGAGAAGUGUUGCCCCAAUGUCUGUGGAACCACAAGCUGUGUGGCAGCCCGUUACAUGGACGUGAAAGGGAAGAAAGGCCCAGUGGGCAUGCCCAAGGAAGCCACGUGCGACCACUUCAUGUGCGUGCAGCAGGGCUCCGAGUGUGACAUCUGGGAUGGCCAGCCCGUGUGCAAGUGCAAAGAUCGCUGUGAGAAGGAGCCCAGCUUCACCUGCGCCUCGGACGGCCUCACCUACUACAACCGCUGCUACAUGGACGCCGAGGCCUGCUCCAAGGGCAUCACGCUGGCCGUGGUCACCUGCCGCUACCACUUCACCUGGCCCAACACCAGCCCUCCGCCGCCCGAGACCACCAUGCACCCCACCACGGCCUCCCCAGAGACCCCGGGGCUGGACAUGGCAGCCCCGGCCCUGCUCAACCACCCUGUGCACCAGUCAGUCACCGUGGGAGAGACGGUGAGCUUCCUCUGCGAUGUGGUGGGCCGGCCCCGGCCGGAAGUCACUUGGGAGAAGCAGCUGGAGGAUCGGGAGAAUGUGGUCAUGAGGCCUAACCACGUACGUGGCAAUGUGGUAGUCACCAACAUUGCCCAGCUGGUCAUCUACAAUGCCCAGCUCCAGGAUGCUGGCAUCUAUACCUGCACGGCCCAGAAUCCUGCUGGGGUGCUGAGGGUUGACUUCCCCCUGUCCGUGGUCAGGGGGGCUCAGGCUUUGGCCACCUCAGAGAGCAGCCUCAAUGGCACGGCCUUCCCCACGGCGGAGUGCCUCAAACCCCCCGACAGCGAGGACUGUGGCGAGGAGCAGACCCGCUGGCACUUCGAUGCCCAAGCCAACAACUGCCUGACCUUCACCUUCGGCCACUGCCACCGCAACCUCAACCACUUUGAGACCUACGAGGCCUGCAUGCUGGCGUGCAUGAGCGGCCCGCUGGCCGUGUGCAGCCUGCCCGCCCUGCAGGGGCCGUGCAAGGCCUACGCGCCACGCUGGGCCUACAACAGCCAGAUGGCCCAGUGCCAGUCUUUUGUCUACGGUGGCUGUGAGGGCAACGGCAACAACUUUGAGAGCCGUGAGGCCUGUGAGGAGUCAUGUCCCUUCCCCCGGGGCAAUCAGCGCUGCCGGGCCUGUAAGCCACGGCAGAAGCUGGUCACCAGCUUCUGUCGGAGUGACUUUGUCAUCCUAGGCCGGGUCUCUGAGCUGACGGAGGAGCCCGACUCAGGCCGUGCCCUGGUGACUGUGGACGAGGUCCUCAAGGAUGAGAAGAUGGGCCUCAAGUUCCUGGGCCGGGAGCCACUGGAGGUCACGCUGCUCCACGUGGACUGGGCCUGCCCCUGCCCCAACGUGACGGUGGGGGAGACGCCGCUCAUCAUCAUGGGGGAGGUGGAUGGUGGCAUGGCCAUGUUAAGACCUGACAGCUUUGUGGGCGCCUCCAGCACCCGGAGGGUCAGGAAGCUCCGUGAGGUCAUGUACAAGAACACCUGUGACGUCCUUAAGGACUUCCCGGGCUUGCACUAG